CUCAGCUUCCCUGCCUGCUUCCUGCAGAUGUACCUCUUCCACAGCUUCUCCUGCUCCGAAGCCUUCAUCCUGGUGGUCAUGGCCUAUGAUCGCUAUGUAGCUAUCUGCCGCCCACUGCACUACCCUGUCCUCAUGGCCCCACAGACCAACGCUGCCCUGGCAGCUGGUGCCUGGCUCACUGCCCUCCUCCUGCCCAUCCCGGCAGUGGUGCAGACCUCCCACAUGGCUUUUAGUCCUGUGGCCCAGGUCUACCACUGCUUCUUUGACCACUUAGCUGUGGUCCAGGCCUCCUGCUCUGACACCACGCCCCAGACCUUCAUGGGCUUCUGCAUCGCCAUGGUGGUGUCCUUCCUGCCCCUUCUCCUGGUGCUUCUCUCCUAUGCCCACAUCCUGGCCUCGGUGCUGCACAUCAGCUCCCGAGAAGGACGCUCAAAAGCCUUCUCCACCUGCAGUUCCCACGUCCUGGUGGUUGGCACCUACUACUCAUCCAUUGCCAUAGCCUACGUGGCCUAUAGAGCUGACUUGCCCCUCAACUUCCAUAUCAUGGGCAAGGUGGUGUAUGCUAUUCUCACACCAAUCCUCAACCCUCUCAUCUACACGCUGAGGAACAAGGAUAUCAAAGCAGUCAUCAUCAAAGUAGCAUGUCCCCGGGACCCAGGGCAUUCUCGGGGUCCUUGA